AUGGCGCUCCCUCCCAAGCUCAAGGGCCACCGUCUGCUGUUCUUCAGCGACGACCCGGCUGCUCCGGCACCCACAGAGGCAUCGGCAGCAGACCCCCUCCACACAAUAGAGAUUUACUUGGACUAUGUCUGCCCUUUCUCAGCAAAGCUCUUCAACACCUUCCUCACAUCUGUUGCUCCCAAGAUCCGGGCGGACCCCAAGCUGGCAAGCAAGCUCCAGGUUAUCUUCCGCCAGCAGGUCCAGCCUUGGCACCCGUCGUCAACAUUGGUCCACGAGGCUGCUCUCGCCGUCAACAGGCUUGCCCCGUCCAAGUUCUGGACCUUCAGCGAGGCUCUCUUCAACGACCAGAAGUCGUACUUUGACGUCAAUGUGGUCAACGAGCCGCGAAACGCCACCUACAAGCGCCUGGCUAAGCUCGCGGCGGAUAGCACCGGUGUCAGCGCCGACGAGGUGUACAAGCUGCUGGCCAUCCCCGAAAAGGCCACCGACGACGGCAGCCUGAACGUGGGAAACGACAUAACAAACGACCUCAAGAUCACCAUCAGGAUUGCCCGUCUGGUCGGGGUCCACGUCAGCCCCACUGUUAUCUUCAACGGUGUGGUCAACAACGAUAUCAGUUCAGGAUGGAGUGCCGAUCAGUGGCUUGAGUACCUGCACAAAGUUAUUGAAUAG